UGUGCUUCUACGCGCAUGCGUUGGAUCCUGUCUGGCAGUUCGACUCUUCUGCCCCAUCCCGCUGGUCAGGCGUAGAGACUCAGUCGCUCCUGCCCCUCGCCAUCGCUCGCGCUCCCUCGCUCGCUGGGAAAAUGGCUGCCGUACGCCGCGCUCGCAGUGACUCCCGCUGCGUGGUGCGUUUUUCCGACCGAGAACUCUGCUAAGUUGCCUCGCCCUGCUUGCUACCGCUCGAGAAAGGGAAAAGAAACAAAAGGCGGCCCGCGGCCGUCGGUCAGCCGCGAAGGAGAGGCGGGAAAGAACUGGAGGAGGAGGCCGCCUUCGCUCGAAACCGCCAGCAGAGCGCAGCCUGACGAGAGCGACCGUUGGACGGAGCGGCCUGGCAGCAGCAGCAGCCUCGGCAUGGCAGAAGGUGAAGAAGAUUGUCACUCUGAUGUGGUAAGAACAGAUGAUAAUGAAAGGUCUGGAGAAGCAAAUCUUCAGGCAGAGCUCCAGAUGUUCAGAGCAAAGUGGAUGUUUGAACUUACCCCAGGGGUGGGUUCUACUGGUUUGGAAACUCGACCCUGGAGAGCUUCGGCAAGAGGGCCUUCAGUAAAGGCUGUAGAUGCCAAAGAAAAGCAGGAACUAGCAAAAGAGGAAAAGGCAAGAGAGCUGUUCCUGAAGGCAGUAGAACAAGAACAAAAUGGGGCUCUUUAUGAAGCUAUUAAAUUCUAUCGCCUGGCCAUGCAACUGGUUCCAGACAUUGAGUUUAAGAUUGCUUAUACCCGAUCUCCAGAUGGUGAUGGUGUUGGGAAAAACUACAUUGAGGAUAAUGAGGAUGAUAGCAAGAUGGCUGAUCUUCUGUCCUACUUUCAGCAGCAACUCACUCUUCAGGAAUUUUCCAUCAAAUUGUGUCAGCCUGAACUUGAUGUGAAUCAGACCCAUAUUUCAGUGCUGCCUAUGGAGGUGCUGAUGUAUAUUUUUCGAUGGGUGGUUUCCAGUGACCUGGACCUGCGGUCUUUAGAGCAGUUAUCUUUGGUCUGCAGAGGUUUCUAUAUUUGUGCCAGGGACCCUGAAAUCUGGCGUCAGGCUUGCUUGAAGGUUUGGGGCAGAAGUUGUAACAAAAUGGUUCCUUAUACCUCAUGGAGGGAAAUGUUUUUGGAAAGGCCUAGAGUUCGAUUUGAUGGUGUGUAUAUCAGCAAGACAACAUACAUACGUCAAGGAGAACAGUCUCUAGAUGGCUUCUAUAGAGCAUGGCAUCAAGUGGAAUAUUACAGGUACCUGAGAUUCUUCCCAGAUGGCCAAGUAAUGAUGUUAACAACUCCAGAAGAACCUCAGUCUAUUGUUCCUCGUUUACGAACUAAAAACACAAGAACUGAUGCAAUCCUGCUUGGCCAUUAUCGCCUUUCCCAGGAUACAGACAAUCAAACCAAAGUAUUUGCUGUAAUGACAAAGAAGAAGGAAGAGAAACCAAUUGAUUACCAUAAGUACAGAUAUUUCUGCCGCGUCCCAGUGCAAGAAACUGAUCACAGCUUUCAUGUAGGGCUACAGCUGUGUUCCAGUGGACGCCAGAGAUUCAACAAACUCGUUUGGAUUCAUCACUCUUGUCACAUUACUUACAAGUCUAGUGGUGAGACUGCAAUCUCUUCUUUUGACAUUGACAAGAUGUACACCCCUUUGUUCUUUGCACGGGUGAAGAGCUUUACUGCAUUUUCAGAAAAGCCUCUCUAAGGAGUUCACAUCUCUUCUCUUACUCUUGCAUGAAGAAAUUACAGCAAACAACCCUUAAGUUAUAAAUGUGUAUAUAUAUAUAUAUAUAUAUAUGAAUUUUAUUUUAAAAUGGGGGAUCUUUUUGGAAGAAUAUAUACUGGAAAUACAUUUGAUUUGGGGUGGCUGGGUUAUUUUAUUGGUUUGAAGUCAAGUUUACAUGUUAUUUUAACUUGUUUAUGUUGUGAAAAGACUUUGAUAACAAAGAGGCAUUUUUACUGUGUCAGUUUAUGAGAAGAUUUAUAAGCUGUUCUCUCUCCAGCGUAAGGCUUCAUCUGCCUAUGCACCUUAAGUUCAGGAAACAUUAUAAACCUACUGCUGUACAUAAGACAUAGAAUGCGUGCUUUGCAGGGAGAGGCUCAAAAUGUGAAGAAUUUGUCCUACAUCUGUGUGUGGCCUACAGGAAUGGAAAAUAAAUGUUUACUUUGAGUACCUGUACUUGGGUUGCCUUUCAAGAAGUGAAAGACUUCGGUGUAAUCUGCAGCCUUAUGAAAAAUUAACCAAGGACAAAGAAAGCUUGAAGACGUUGGAAGUUCCUCAGAUACCACCAUUGAUUUGGGAAUUGUUUCAAAUAAUCGCCCAAAUGGUAGGUUUUACGUCUUAGAGGAUGGAAGAUAAAAAGAGUGGUAAGAGAAGGCCGGCUGCAUUUGGAAAAUGGCUGCCUUUCUCUGUUUCUUGAAUCUGAAAAAGGACAUCUAGAGAAAGGCAGCAACUCCUGGAUGGUGUCACAAGGAAGAUGUCAUGCUGCAACACUACAGACCACUGAACUUAAAUGUGCGAUUGAAUUGAGUUAUGCAAAUGAGAAUAGGGCUGUACUCAAGUAUGUUUGUCUUUUGUUUAACUCUUCUCCUAACUGUUAAGAAUACUGCAAGCCCCCUGGGUGUUUCAUCACUAAUUGCUUUCUUGGACUCCUACAGAUGUUCAGGUACCGUGUGCUGCUUCUCCUGCGUAUGUACCUUGGGAGUUGGAUGCAAGUGCUGUAUGAUGCUUAUCAUAAAUAUGUACUUUCAAUCAUAAAAAUAAACAUUUCUAAAUGUUUUUCUUCUGU